UAUGUUAUUAUUGGAGAGCUAUUUUGACUUAUCUACCUACUGAAGAUAAGUUAAGGAGAAGAGGUUUGCAGUUUGCCUCUCGUUGCUCGCUUUGCUCUGUUCAUGAAGAGAACCAUGACCAUUUAUUUAUUCAUUGCAAGUUUGCUAAGUCUAUUUGGCAAGCUAUCUCUUGUCGCUUUUGGCAUUAGAAUUAGUGGAACCGAAUCAUUAAAAAGUUUAAUUCAGCAAGCUUCUGAGCGCUCUUUCAGCUUGCAGGUGGCUGUUCUUUGGAGUUCGGCUAUUGUUCAGGCAGUUUGGGUUAUCUGGAAAACAAGAAAUGAUGCAAUUUUUGAAGACUCUCCUCCAAAUAUCAGUCAUGCUCUUCGUCUAAUAUGGAACUGUAUUAAGGAAGCAGAUUACUUCAGGCUCGGCUGCAUGCAUAACUCUUUGUCAGACUUUCAUAUUCUGAAGUUGCUGCAAAUUAAAGGUAAUCUAAGGCCUGCUCCUCGUAUUAUUCAUGUGAUUUGGCAUCCUCCUCUUGGCAGCUGGACAAAGGUGAAUACGGACGGCUCAGCGUUGGGUUCUCCUGGUAUUGCAGGCGGUGGAGGAAUAUUUCGAAACUCUAAUAGUUUCACUAGAGGAGCUUUUUCUUUUUGUUUAGGCGUUGAAUUUGCUUUUGUGGCGGAGUUGGCAACAGCUAUUAUGGCAGUAAACAUAGCUUGGAGGAGAGGGUGGCAUUAUUUAUGGCUUGAAUGUGAUUCUUCUUAUGUGGUUCAACUGUUUCUUUCUAAAUCUAUCAAUGUUCCUUGGGUGUAUUUGCAUAGAUGGAUUACUUGUCUACAUCAAGUUUCUCAUAUGACUUUUCAGGUAUCUCAUAUUUACAGAAAAGGGAAUGAAGUUGCUGAUUUGCUUGCAAAGCAUGGUGAUUUAGAGUGUUUGCGGAACUAUUUGGGCUAAAAAGAGUGAAGAAUUAAAAAAAUAUCAAAGUCGAAAGCUAAAGCAAAGAGUUAAAGAGAAAUCAAGUUUUUAAAGCAUGUCUUGGAAGAGAAGUUCAUGAGCAAAAGAGAAGCUGAGAAGCAAAAGAGACAUGUGUAAUUUAACACAUGUCUCGACCAAGACAUGAGCUUCUCGACCAAGACAUGAAGGACCAUUUUGCACGAAGGUUUAUCAAAGGAGCUUCUCGAUCGAGAAGCUCAACUUAAAUGAGCUUCUCGACCAAGACAUGGGAAAAAACUGAAGACGAAAUCUGUUUUGAAGAAAGAGCUCUAAUUGGCCCACUUCCUCUUUUAGCCUAACACCUUUGUACUAGGAUGUUUUUAUUUUCCUAUUUGUCCAGACUAUAUAAGUCACAUUAUCUUUUGGGUUAAUUCCUAAAAAAAUCACGAACUUUACACGAAGUUUCAUUUUAAUCAUGACCUUUAAAAGUUGCCAUUUAAAGGCACGAACUUUCAUUUUGUUUCAAAUCUAUCAUUUCAAUGUAUUUUUAUUGACUAAAUUCUUCAAUAAACCAUUAAUGAAAAACCCAAAUUAUAAAUCGACAUUAAAUCUUAUUAUCUUUUAGUUAGAGUAUAUAGGAUUAGGAAUUUUUUGUUCGAUAAAAUACACCGGAUUUUACUUUGGCGAUAGAUUUGAAACAAAAUGAAAGUUCGUGCCUUUAAAUGACAACUUUUAAAGUUCAUGAUUAAAGUGAAACUUCGUGUAAAGUUCGUGAUUUUUUUAGGAA